GUUCCCCUCCCUUCCACGAUGAGCGCGAAGAACUCCUUUAGCGACACCGACGAGAAGAAGGCCCAGGUCGACGUCCACCACGUCGCGGUCGCCGACGCGGAUGUCGAUACCGCCGCGAAGCUCGCCGCGGGGCUCGACCAGGCGCUCACGCCGGAGGAGUCUGACCGGCUUCGGAAGAAGAUCGACUGGCACAUUCUGCCAUUGAUGUGCAUUCUUUACUGGAUCCAGUUUAUGGACAAGACGACGCUGGGGAGCUCGGCUAUUCUGGGGAUCAGGGAAUCUACGCACCUUACGACCAACCAAUACAACUGGCUCGGGACCAUCUUCUACCUGAGCUACCUCGUCUUCGAGUAUCCCCAGAACCUGGCUCUCCAACGCUUCCCUGUCGGGAAAUGGAUGAGUAUCAACAUCUUCAUUUGGGGUGUGGCGCUCUGUUCGCAUGCUGCGUGCAAGAGCUUCGGCGGCCUCUUCGCAGUCCGUCUGAUCCUGGGCAUGUGUGAGGGUUCCAUCACUGCCGGAUUCAUGAUCGUCAGUUCCAUGUUCUACACGCGCAACGAGCAGACGUUGCGCGUGGGCUACUGGUUCUUGAUGAACGGCACUGCCCAAAUCAUCUCGGGCUUCCUGAGCUUCGGCACGUUGCACAUCAAGACGAGUAACUUCGAGCCUUGGCAAUGGCUUAUGAUCAUCACCGGAACCCUGACUCUGAUCACUUCGGUGGCCUACUGGUUCUUGUUCCCUGAUUCGCCUACCAACGCGUGGUUCCUUACUAUGGAGGAGCGCGCGAUGGCCGUCAAGCGCAUCCAGGAGAACCAGACUGGUGUUGAGAACAAGCACUUCAAGUCCGAGCAGUUCUACGAGGCGCUCACCGACCCCAAGACGUGGCUCUUCGCGCUCUUCUCUGCGCUCGACAACGUGCCCAACAGUCUCACGAACCAGCGCCAGAUCAUCGUCUCCUCGUUCGGCUUCUCGAACCUGCACACGACGCUCCUUGGCUGCGUCGACGGCUUCAUCGAGAUCGUGACGAUCUACACGGGCGUACAGAUCGCAGCGCGCAUCACCAACAGCCGCGCAUAUGUCGGCGCGAUCUACUUCAUCCCGAACAUCAUGGGCGUGCUCAUCAUCAACUUCCUGCCGUGGGACAACAAGGUCGGCCUGCUCUUCGGGCAGUGGCUUACCGGUGUCGGCACCACGGGCUUCGUCCUCUCCCUCUCGUGGCUCUCGAGCGUGACGUCCGGCCACACAAAGCGCGUGACCGUGAACGCGAUCAUGCUCAUCUCGUACUGUGUCGGCAACGCCGCCGCGCCCUUCAUGUGGCAGGCCAAGUACAGGCCCCGAAACCACAUCCCGUGGACGAUCAUCGGGAUAUGCUACGUGAUCUGCCCGAUUUUGAUGCUCUUGAUCCGCGUGCUCCUCCUGCGCGAGAACAAGAAGCGCGAUGCGGAGCCCAGGGACGAUACGUACGACGACGUGUACAUCGAGGUCGUUCUCCCCGACGGCACGCGCACCGAGAAACGCGUCGACAAGGAAUACUUGGACUUGACGGACAUCCAGAACCGUGACUUCCGAUAUGUGCUGUGAGGCGCGUGCGGUGCUUAGAACCCCGUACGCCAGAUACCUGGAUGAGAUGUACGAUACGAGGGGUUAUGACCGCGAUGUGUAGUUAAAGCAGCGCCGCGCUUAUAAUGUGUGGCUAUGCAUGCAAUCACGAUUAUGUACG